GGCUCCGGGUAGCGGGACGCCCGACUCCUGCUGGGGCACUGCUCCCGGGGCAGGUCAUGAACGGGCCGGCGGACGGCGAAGUGGACUACAAGAAGAAGUACCGGAACCUGAAGCGGAAGCUCAAGUUCCUCAUCUACGAACACGAGUGCUUCCAGGAGGAACUGAGGAAGGCGCAGAGGAAGUUGCUGAAGGUGUCCCGGGAUAAGAGUUUCCUCCUAGACCGACUUCUGCAGUACGAGAACGUGGAUGAAGAUUCUUCUGACUCAGAUGCCACUGCAUCUUCAGAUAACAGCGAGACAGAGGGAACACCCAAGUUGUCGGACACGCCAGCCCCCAAGAGCCCCCUCCCCUGUCCUUUCUCCAGGAAGAGAAGCCCUCCACUGGGGGGUGUCCCCUCCCCCUCCAGCCUCUCCCUGCCUCCUUCAACAGGGUUUCCCCUUCAGGCCUCGGGGGCCCCCUCCCCAUACCUGAGCUCGCUGGCUUCCCCCACCUACCCCCCAUUCCCUUCCGACUACCUGGCCCUGCAGCUGCCCGAGCCCAGCCCCCUGAGGCCCAAGCGGGAGAAACGGCCCCGCCUGCCCCGGAAACUCAAGAUGGCCGUGGGACCCCCUGACUGCCCUGUGGGAGGGCCGCUGACUUUCCCAGGCCGGGGUUCUGGGGCUGGGGUGGGGGCAGCCCUGGCCCCACUGCCGCCCCCCAAGAUGCCUCCCCCCACGAUCCUCAGCGCCGUCCCUCGGCAGAUGUUCAGCGACGCGGGCAGCGGGGACGAUGCCCUGGACGGGGAUGAUGACCUGGUGAUUGACAUCCCGGAGUGACACCCCCACCCCCACCCCCGGCCAAGCCCUUGCCCCGUGCCCAAUGCCAGCACACACGAGCCCCCGGCUUCCGCAGAGACGUUUAUUGACGCCCAGUUGCCAUGCUGCGGCCACUGACACAAUCAGAAAAGGCGUAAACAUGCACGAACGUCCCCUGGAAGGUGGGUCCCCACUGGGGAGGGCACAGGCCCUGCCCUCACAUCCCAGCCCCAUCCAGGGGACAGUUAUUUAAAUGAGUGGCCAGGAGCACUGCCACCUCUCCGAGAGGCAGAGACCUUGCGGUGGCCCCCCACUUAAAAGGGCAGCUGUACAGGGCUAGGUUGGUUGGUUGGUUGGUUGGUUUUUAACGAAGAUUCUGUAUUAAAGGAGUGGCUCUUUUUU